AAUUCAUAAUAUAUACUUGCUCUCCUAUAUAACUAAAAAACUCUAUUUCAUCCCCCCUUAGCUUCAAUCUCCUAAACAUGUCGAACAAGUGUGGUAGUUGCGAUUGCGCUGACGUCAGCCAAUGCGUGAAGAAGGAAAACCAAUAUGGUAUCAUCAUCGUAGAUAAGAGCGAGACGGUGGUGAUGAUGGAUGUUGGAGCUGAAGAACAUGAUGGAAAAUGCAAAUGUGGCAGUAGUUGUGCCUGUGUGAACUGCACUUGUGCUCAUUAAGAAUGUCAAGAGCAAUUUAUCUAAAACUAUAUGAGUGAUAUGUGUUUAAAUAAAAUAACAAUAUUACUUUGUUAUCUAUGGUGAAAUAAGAGUUCCUUGUGCUAAACACAAAAUGUAAAGGAGUUAGUACUCUACUUAGUGUCUUGUUUCUUUGGUCAAGUUUGUAGCACAAGUUUUCAUUGUUAAAUAGACUACUACUACUACUACUUUACUUA